UUACAUUGUUCCAAAAGUUCAUGUUUACGUCUGAGAACGAGACCAGACAGAGAAGAGAAGAGUGGUGAGCUGAGCUGAAUUGUGAUAUUUUUGAGCUCCAAAAUUUGCAGAAAAAUGGCAGCUAGUACAGCUAUCAAGCUGUCCAACGGGGCUAGACUGCCUUUGCUGGGACUUGGAACUUAUUGGAGGGUUCCAUAUGCUUACACCAUGGGUGGAAAACUGCUGCCACUAAAAUCCGAGGAGUACAAGAAAACUGCCUACGAGUGCACGAAGGCAGCCAUCAAUGCUGGAUACCGCCAUAUCGACACUGCCCAUGCCUAUGAGAAUGAGGAAGAAGUGGGGAGGGCCAUCAAGGACAAGAUUCUGGACAAAACUGUGAACAGGCGGGAGAUGUUCAUCACUGGGAAGCUGUGGGCGACCCACCAUGACCCUAAAGAUGUGCGUCCGGCAGCUCUGGACAGUCUGAAGAGGCUUGGGCUGGACUAUCUGGACAUGUACCUGAUCCACACCCCAUGGGCAUUCAGGAUGGAGCUGCAUCCGUACCUAUCCCAGGAGGAGAUGGUGAAGUUCUGUAAGGACCAUCAGAUUGCCGUCACUGCCUUCAGCUCUUUUGGUGCACCUGACAGCCCCAUCCGUAAGGACGAUGACCCACGACUUCUGAAUGAUGGAGAGAUCAAAGCUUUGGCAGAGAGCUAUGAGAAGUCCCCUGCUCAGAUCAUCCUGCGUUACCUUGUGCAGCAGAGGAUCUCAGUGGUUCCCAAAAGUUCCAACCCAGACAGAAUCAAGGAGAAUACAGAGAUCUUUGACUUCAAGCUGAGUGACGACGACAUGACCAGGCUGGAUGUGCUGAACAAGAACUGGCGUGCCCUGCGCUAUGAGUCGGUGAAAAAGCACAAGUUCUAUCCAUUCAUCAAGAAGCCCAGUGAGGAGCCCAUGGCUGCCAGGGCUUAGCCAGGACUCAAGUCUUGGCUGAACUCCCACAGAAGUCAAAGAAGAUUGCUGACAGCCAUUCAACAUCACUGCUUAGAACCAACACUAAGGGGUUAUAUACAAUGCACUACCAAUGUGUCCAUUUAGCUGAAUUUUUCUUGAUAUUCUUGUUUAAUGAUGUUGAUUGCAGAAUUAGAAGAGCUCACUUGACAUUCCAAUAUUUCUUAUUAUCGGUUAUUAAAUAACAGAUACACCAGAACUUCUGCACAAUCUAACAAAUGUUGUCUUACAUUUUGAGGAUAGAAGCUGUGAAAAGAAGACAUAAUCCUUCCAUGUGUAUGCAGACAUUACCAGCAAUACUACACACCUAUGGGUGAUCUAGUUUUUGCAAUGUCUGAUGACACUUAGUAAACAUUCUCAAGAUAAAUGUUGUAUUGCACAAAAAGGACUGUCAGGGCUUCCAAUAAAAUUCUCAACAUCUGUUUACACCAGCAGGUGUUGUAUGAGCUUGUGUCAGUUGAAAA